AUGGACUUGUUGCGAGAUGCCAUACAAAUGAUAUUGGACAUCGCAUCAGCAACUGGGGCCAAUGUCUCUGGCCCUGUGCCACUGCCUACUCGUCGGAAACUUUACUGCAUGCUCAGGUCGCCGCAUGUGAACAAGGACUCGCGCGAACACUUCGAGGUGACGAUCCACCGGCGCCUAGUCGACAUCAAGGAUCUGUCGGCUCAGACUCGCGAUCGGCUCAUGGAACUGGACAUUCCCGCAGGCGUUGACACCAACGUCAAGCUCUUGUGGUGGCCUGCGGACAGGGAGUAUGAUAGCCGCGCAGUAGCCAGCGGGUGUAAUUAUGUCAGCUGUUUGGUCGGGUAUGAGGGGGCAACUGGGUUUGCAACCGACUUCGUACCGGGUUGCAUGCAAUAUUUACCAAUUGAUCAGUGGGCGGAAUACUUUGUUGCCAACCUUUGCGCGUUGCAGGUGCGUCGGCUGCCCCUAUGGACCCCUGGUCUGUGCUUACACCAUUUUCAUCUCUUCCUCUUCUUUCUGGGUUGCGUGUGUUGA